AUGAGGACCACACAGUUGUCUUUCGUUGUUCUUUCUGCGUCUUCUCUCGCUAAUGCACUCGCUUAUCCACCUGGCAUUUACAAACGCGCGGCGCCUCCCGCAACUCUCCCUCACGGCUACACCUACAAGGGCUGUUAUGUCGAUGUCGGCCGAACAAUCUCUGAUGCCACCACGGCAAAUGGGCAGAUGAGCAACGAUGCCUGCACAACGUACUGCUACAACAAGGGUUUCUCCUACGCUGGUACCGAGUACUACAAUGAAUGCUACUGCGGUAAUGCCUUGGCCAAGGACGGUGUUCUCGCCAACGAGGCCGACUGCUCAACGCCAUGCAGCGGAAACGCUACUCAGCCUUGUGGAGGCCCCAACCGACUGUCGUUAUAUCAGACGUCCCUCAUUUUGGGCCCCUCUGUCAACCCCGGUGUUGGCGACUGGAGCAGCAUUGGGUGCUACUCAGAGGGAACCACUGGCCGUGCUCUCACGUACGGAAUCGGAAGCAUUCCUGGUGGCGAGAUGACCGUUACCAAGUGCACUGCUGCUUGCGCUAAUGCUAACUUCAUCCUCGCUGGUGUCGAAUACUCUGGCGAAUGCUUCUGUGGCAGCACCAUCUCCAACGGCGGUGCCCCUGCCGUCGAUGGCUGCAACAUGCUCUGCAACGGCAACUCUUCUGAGUAUUGUGGUGGCCCCAACCGUUUGAAUGUCUACGACUUCCAGCACCAGUACAAGCCUCUUCCCACCUCAACAUCUACCCCUGCGCCAACAGGUGCUUCGACCUCCAGCUCAAGCACCAGCACUUCCUCGAGCACUGCUGUUUCCUCUUUCAGCAGCGCAAUCUCCUCGUCUAGCAGCGUAGUCUCCUCGUCCAGCAGCGCAGUCUCCUCGUCCAGCAGCGCAGUCUCCUCGUCCAGCAGCGCAGUCUCCUCGUCCAGCAGCGUGGUUUCCUCUUCUAGCAGUGUUGUAUCUUCUUCCAGCACUGUUGUCUCUUCCAGUUCUUCCUCCAGCAGCUCCGCGACCCCCACCCCGACUGGCCCCAGUCAACCCGCGACUGUCGGUGUUUGGAAGUGGUAUGGCUGCCAGACUGAAGCUACCAACGCCCGUGCUCUCAGCGCGAAGACAACCGCUUCUGACGACAUGACUUUGGAGAAGUGUGCUGCUUUCUGCGAUGGAAACACCUUCUUCGGUGUCGAAUACUCUCGCGAGUGCUGGUGUGGUAACUCGUUUGCCGCUGGCUCAGUCGCUGCUCCGUCUAGCCAGUGCUCCAUGAAGUGCAUGGGCAACCAGUUCCAGUACUGCGGAGAGGGCAAUCGCCUUUCUGUCUACACCAUUGGAAGCGCAACUCAGUCUUCGUCCUCAUCCUCGUCAGCUUCAUCUUCAACUGUCAGUGGCUCAGUGACUGGUGCCGCUUCAUCUACCAGCUCUACAGCAGCUCCCGCUGCCACUGGGUUCCCCACUGGCUGGACUAACCAGGGCUGCUGGGUCGACAACCUGAAAGGCCGCAUUCUUCCCAACCAGCUUCAAGACGACCCGGCAAUGACCCUCGCUUCCUGCGCCAAGGCCUGUUCCGAUGCCGGUUACACUGUCGCUGGUGCCGAGUAUCACACUCAGUGCUUCUGCGGUAACGCCAUCUACAACGGCGGUGCUGUGGCAUCUGACCCGACAUCCUGCAACACUGCCUGUGGAGGUAAGGCCUCCGAAAUGUGCGGUGGCGGUAAUCGUAUGACCAUCAUCUCCAAGGGCACUCCUCAGACAUACGCUCCGCCCGUUCCCCAGAGAAGCGGCUUCAACGGAAGCUGGACCUACCAGGGCUGUGUUCAGGACAAUGUCGGAGCUCAGCCUAACCCGCGUACCUUCUACUGGCAGAACCUGUUUCCCGGUACCAUGACGGCCGGUAUGUGCUUGGACAGGUGCGCCGAGUACGGAUACAUGGCAGCCGGACUCGAGUAUGGUGAAGAAUGCUACUGUGGUGACCCUGCCAAUAUCGUCACCCAGAAGGCCGCCUUUGUCGACGACUCUGAGUGCAACAUUGUUUGCCCUGGAAACCGCAGCUCCAUCUGCGGUGGUGGUGCUCGCCUCUCGACCUACUUCUGGACUGGCACUACGCCUCUCUACUCAUGGAACUUCGGUACCGAUGCUGCCAGUGCCGGUGUCUACGAGAACCUUAUUGGCGGUGUGACCAUUCCCCUGAUGACGAUGGAGACCAUCACCGGCAAAGUUUCCUUCCUCGAGAAGUUCGGCACUGGCCCGCCCAACUCUACCGGCGCUUACGAGCUCGACCUUUCCCUCGUCCCGGAUAUCAGCAAAGCCUGGAGAGAGAUGCACGUCAAGACCGACAUCUUCUGCUCUGCCGGCAUCACCCUUCCUGACAAGGCUGGUCGCCAGCUCAACAUUGGUGGAUGGUCUGGUGAUUCUACCUACGGCGUCCGCCUGUACUGGCCCGAUGGCAAGCCUGGAACCCCUGGCACCAAUGACUGGCAGGAGGACGUUACCAACCUCCGCCUGCAGGAUGGCCGCUGGUAUCCCUCUGCUAUGAUCAUGGCCAACGGUUCCAUCUUCGUCAUCGGUGGUGAGGAGGGAUCCAACGGCCGCGCUGUGCCCACCAUCGAGCUUCUACCCAGCACUGGCACUAAGCCCUUGUACAUGGAUUGGCUCGCGCGCACUGAUCCCAACAACCUGUAUCCCUUCGUUGCCGUUCUCCCCAGUAAGGACAUCUUCGUUGCGUACUGGAACGAGGCUAGAAUUCUUGACCACGUCACCUUCAACACCAAGACGAUUCUCCCCAACAUCCCUGGUGCUGUCAACAACCCCAAGGGCGGUCGCACUUAUCCUCUUGAGGGAACUGGUAUUCUUCUUCCCCAGCACGCUCCCUACACUGACCCGCUUGGCGUUCUCAUCUGCGGUGGUUCUACCGAGGGUCCUGCUACUGCCAUGGACAACUGCGUUUCCAUUGAGCCCGAAGGCACCAACCCUAAGUGGGUGAUUGAGCGUAUGCCCUCGCGUCGUGUCAUGUCCUGCAUUGCCCCCCUUCCUGAUGGAACUUACCUCAUCAACAACGGUGCUCAGCACGGUGUUGCUGGGUUCGGUCUCGCCAACGACCCCAACCUCAAUGCUCUUCUGUACGACCCCUCGGAGAAGAUUGGCCAGCGCAUCACAGUCAUGGCCAACACCACCAUUGCCCGCCUUUACCACUCUGAGUCUAUCACUCUUCUUGACGGUCGCGUUCUCGUCAGUGGUUCUGACCCCGAAGAUGGCGUCAACCCCCAGGAGUACCGUGUCGAGGUCUUCAAGCCUCCUUACCUCACCUCCGGCAAGACUCGCCCUACCUUCACCAUCGCCAACACGGACUGGACCUACGGCCAGCAGAUCUCUGUCAGCCUUGGUCACGCCCCCCUUAACGGCGACAUCACGGUCUCCCUCCUCGGUGCUGUGGGAUCGACGCACGGUAACUCAAUGGGUGCUCGCACUCUCUUCCCCGCUGUCACCUGCGGGCCUACCACCUGCACCGUCACAGCACCUCCCAACGCCGGUAUCGCCCCUCCGGGCUGGUACCAGUUCUUCGUCCUCGACGGCGGCAUUCCCGCUGUCGGUGUCUAUGUCCGCAUCGGUGGCGAUCCCGCCAGCCUGGGCAACUGGCCGCAAGUCUCCGGCUUCAAGGUGCCUGGUGUCUAA